ACUGGUAUAAAACUGAUGGAGGAACUCACACUCUGAUCGGAAACUCAUCUGUUUUAAACAUGAAAGCCUUCCAGAGAUACUACUGCUAUUUUCUGUCAGGCUCAGAAUGAACUUGGGAUUGAGAAUUCCAUCAUCUUUAAGAUGGAUAUACAGUAUCCACCUGAAAAUACUAAAAUGACAGUCACCCCUUCUGGUCCUGUGACAGAACACAGUAAUAUUGUGUUAAACUGCAGCAGUGACGCCAACCCAAGUGUCUUCCUCUGGUAUAAAACUGAUGGAGAAACUCACACUCUGAUCGGAAACUCAUCUAUUUUAAACAUGAAAGCCUCCAGAGAAACUACUGCUAUUUUCUGUCAGGCUAAAAAUGAACUUGGGACUGAGAACUCUACUGUCACUGAGCUGGAUGUACAGUUCCCUCCACAGAUCUUGAGCUCUUCAAACUGCACUAUAGACUCAGACCAAAUGAAGUGUGUGUGUGAGACUGAGGGGAACCCCAUUCCCCUGAUACAGUGGAGUUUUCCAGGAUUCUCUCCAAACAUCUCCAUCAUCAGUGAGCCUCUGAGUGACAAAGCUCUAAGAAGUGUCCUCACUGUUAUUAAACCUCAGUGGAGAGAUCCAGUCACUUUGGUCUGUCACAGCAGAAACUCUGUGGGAUCUGACACACAGACUUUCAAAGCUCAUGGACUCCACUAUCAGCCCUUUAACACCAGAGUGACAGUGAGUCCCUCUGGUCCAGUGACAGAACACAAUAAUAUGUCAGUGAGCUGCAGCAGUGAUGCCAACCCAGCUGUACAGCACUACCACUGGUAUAAAACUGAUGGAGGAACUCACACUCUGAUCGGAAACUCAUCUGUUUUAAACAUGAAAGCUUCAAGAGAUACUACUGCUAUUUUCUGUCAGGCUGAAAAUUAUCUUGGGACUGAUAACUCCACCAUCUUUAAGCUGGAUGUACAGUAUCCACCCAAAAACACCACAGUCACAGUGCAGCCUAGUGGUCCAGUGGAAGAAUAUAACACUGUGACUUUAACCUGCCACAGUGAAGCCAACCCGUCUGUAAAACAUUACCACUGGUAUAAAGAUGAUAAUGGAACUCACACUCUGAUCGGAAACUCAUCUGUUUUAAAAAUGAAAGCCUCCAGAGAUACUGCUAUUUUGUGUCAAUCUCAGAAUGACAUUGGGACUGAUACCUCUACUGUGACUCAACUGGAUGUACAGUAUCCACCCCAAAACACCACAGUCACAGUGCAGCCUAGUGGUCCAGUGGAAGAAUAUAACAAUGUGACUUUAACCUGUCACAGUGAAGCCAACCCGUCUGUAAAACAUUACCACUGGUAUAAAGAUGAUAAUGGAACUCACACUCUGAUUGGACACUCAGCGGUGUUGAACAUUAAAGCCUCUAAAGAUACAACUAGAGUUUUCUGUGAAACUCUGAAUGAUCUUGGAACUGAUCGCUCUUCACUCACUCAACUGCCUGUGAAAUACAAACCUUCAAACACCAGAGUGAGAGUGAGUCCCUCUGGUCCAGUGACAGAACACAGUAAUAUUAUAUUGAACUGCAGCAGUGAUGCCAACCCAGCUGUACAGCACUACCACUGGUAUAAAACUGAUGGAGGAACUCACACUCUGAUCGGAAACUCAUCUGUUUUAAACAUGAAAGCCUCCAGAGAUACUACUGCUAUUUUCUGUCAGGCUCAGAAUGAACUUGGGACUGAGAACUCUACUGUCACUCAACUGGAUGUACAGUAUCCACCCCAAAACACCACAGUCACAGUGCAGCCUAGUGGUCCAGUGGAAGAAUAUAACAAUGUGACUUUAACCUGUCACAGUGAAGCCAACCCGUCUGUAAAACAUUACCACUGGUAUAAAGAUGAUAAUGGAACUCACACUCUGAUUGGACACUCAGCGGUGUUAAACAUUAAAGCCUCUAAAGAUACAACUAGAGUUUUCUGUGAAACUCUGAAUGAUCUUGGAACUGAUCGCUCUUCACUCACUCAACUACCUGUGAAAUUCAAACCUUCAAACACCAGAGUGAGAGUGAGUCCCUCUGGUCCAGUGACAGAACACAGUAAUAUUAUAUUAAACUGCAGCAGUGAUGCCAACCCAGCUGUACAGCACUACCACUGGUAUAAAACUGAUGGAGGAACUCACACUCUGAUCGGAAAGUCAUCUGUUUUAAACAUGAAAGCCUCCAGAGAUACUACUGCUAUUUUCUGUCAGGCUCAGAAUGAACUUGGGACUGAGAACUCUACUGUCACUCAACUGGAUGUACAGUAUUCACCGAGAAACACCACAGUUUCAGUACAUUAUUUCAAACCAAUACAAGAGAGUCAUAAUAUGUCAGUGAGCUGCAGCAGUGACGCCAACCCAGCUGUACAGCACUACCACUGGUAUAAAACUGAUGGAGGAACUCACACUCUGAUAGGAAACUCAUCUGUUUUAAACAUGAAAGCUGCAAGAGAUACUACUGCUAUUUUCUGUCAGGCUCAGAAUGAACUUGGGUCUGAUCUCUCAACUGUUACUCAGAUAGAUGUGCACUAUCAACCUUCAAACACCAGAGUGACAGUGAGUCCCUUUGGUCCAGUGACAGAACACAGUAAUCUGUCACUGAGCUGCAGCAGUGACGCCAACCCAGCUGUACAACACUACCACUGGUACAAAACUGAUGGAGGAACUCACACUCUGAUCGGAAACUCAUCUGUCUUAAACAUGAAAGCUUCAAGAGACACUACAGCUAUUUUUUGUGAAGCUCAGAAUGGCGUUGGGACUGAUCACUCCACCAUCUAUGAGCUGGAUGUACAGUAUCCACCCCAAAACACCACAGUCACAGUGCAGCCUAGUGGUCCAGUGGAAGAAUAUAACAAUGUGACUUUAACCUGCCACAGUGAAGCCAACCCGUCUGUAAAACAUUACCACUGGUAUAAAGAUGAUAAUGGAACUCACACUCUGAUUGGACACUCAGCGGUGUUGAACAUUAAAGUCUCUAAAGAUACAACUAGAGUUUUCUGUGAAACUCUGAAUGAUCUUGGAACUGAUCGCUCUUCACUCACUCAACUACCUGUUAAGUACAAACCUUCAGACACCAGAGUGACAGUGAACCCCGCUGGUCCAGUGACAGAACACAGUAAUAUUAUAUUAAACUGCAGCAGUGAUGCCAACCCAGCUGUACAGCACUACCACUGGUAUAAAACUGAUGGACGAAAUCACACUCUGAUCGGAAACUCAUCUGUUUUAAACAUGAAAGCCUCCAGAGAUACUACUGCUAUUUUCUGUCAGGCUCAGAAUGAACUUGGGACUGAGAACUCUACUGUCACUGAGUUGGAUGUACAGUUCCCUCCACAGAUCGUGAGCUCUUCAAACUGCACUAUAGACUCGGCCCAGAUGAGGUGUGUGUGUGAGACUGAGGGGAACCCCAUUCCCCUGAUACAGUGGAGUUUUCCAGGAGUCUCUCCAAACAUCUCCAUCAUCAGUGAGCCUCUGAGUGACAGAGCUCUAAGAAGUGUCCUCACUGUUAUUAAACCUCAGUGGAAAGAUCUAGUCACUUUGGUCUGUCGCAGCAGCAACUCGCUUGGAUCUGACACACAGCAACUUUAUGGCCACUCAUUUAAACAAGCGUUUCAAGGAGCAGGAGCUGGAAAGGCAGUGACAAAUCCACUUCUCGUGACCAUUAUUAUAAUUCUUCUGGCUUUGAUAGGUGCGUUGCUGUACGUUAUUAGAACUCAAAAAGUCCGUCUUAAUAAGCAUCAGUCUCCUGAUGUGGCUUUGGACCCGAUACCACAGUCAAAGGAGGUGUUGUCUGAGAAUGUCAAUGCAAAUGAGGUGAGAGCAGAAGAGCAGUCAGAGCAAUGCACCAAACAGUAAUGAAGGGAUGGCUUGACCCUUUACUUCACUGUGAACUGGAAGGUCAAACCAAGAAGAAGGUGCAAGUGGCUGCAGCUGACACACAUCCACCAUGCAUCUCCCCCAGCUGGAGAAAGAUGGGAGAUAGAGGCAGAUUUAGUGUUUCUGAAAAGCUGGCAGAAUGUGAAUAAGCCCAAGUUAAAGUUAAUGACAGGGUUUCAUACUUUUCUCAUUAUUACUUGUUUUGGUGGGAACAGUACUUGUGGUAAAUGUGUACUAUAUUUUUUAUAUUAGUUAAAUGGCAAAAAAGAAAUAGAGCAGUAGCAGUGAGUUCUAAAAUGUCAUCAACACUGAAAAUUCCAUUCAAAAUACAGAAGUAUUUUUUGAGCAAGGAAGGCUUUUUUCCUGACAGUUAAACUGUUCAUUUAAUCAAAUAAAGGUGUUGUCAUUUAUUUUUGUUAUUCUAAUCAUAAAUAAAUAACAUGAGAUUA